AUGAGCCUUCUCUCCAACAAAUAUCGAGUUCUCGUUGUAUUCGUUGGCUUUUUAUGUCUUGUAUCCGUUUGUUCCAACUAUGUUGUCAUGAACUUUACAUUUAUUUGUAUGAAAAAUGAUAUGAGUUUUACGAGAGAUGACCGGGGAAAUGAGACCUCUCCUGUCAGUUUGUUCGAUUAUACUCCAAAUGAAAAAAAAUAUAUAAUGUGGGCAGUGGCAGCCGGUACAAUUAUGGGCACUUUUCCGGUAAACUAUGUGUUUGUCCGGUUUGGAGGAAGAUGGACAUUCUUCAUAGCCGGAAUAGUCUCGGUCAUCGCGACAACUUUGAUCCCACUGGCCGCGCAAACCUCUUUUCACGCACUUCUCGUCGCACGCUUCUGUCAGGGUCUUGCUUUUGCUGCAGACUUCGCGGCGAUCGGUCUGCUGACUGUCAGAUGGGCACCUCUUUCUGAAACGGCAAUCUUCCUCGGAGCCUUGACAUCUUUCACCAACUUCUCAUCUGUUUUGACAAACGCUAUAUCAGGAGUGAUCUGUGAAGGGUUCGGAUGGCGUACCGCAUUUUAUGCUCAUGCCGCAAUGGGCUUUGUCUUCUUCAUUCUGUGGGCUAUCGUAUACACUGAUGAUCCACAGAAGUCGAGUCGAGUGUCUUCUGUAGAACUUCGAAAAAUUCAGAAGAACAAAUCGGAACAGCAUUUGAACACUAAGAAUGUUGAUGUUCCUUACAAAAAACUUCUCACAUCACCAAUCGUUCUUUGUGUCUGGUUGAAUGCGUUCGCUGAAAUGUCGAUCAUUGUCUUCUUGCACACCUACGCACCAAUAUUUUUCAAUAGAAUUCUGAAGUUCAGUGUUGCCGAAACUGGAUUCCUUCUUGCACUUUCUGUCUUUUUCCCUCUCCCACUCAAACUAGUCGGAGGAAUUAUCAGUGACAAGGCAAAAUGUUUCUCCGAGCGUGGCAAAAUGCUCUUCUUCAACACAGUUUCAGUCGGUCUCGUUGGUUUUCUGAUUGGUCUCCUCGGCUUCAUUCCUCAAUCAUACCACUAUGUUUCCGUCGUUCUUUUCUCAUUUAUUUUCUGCUGCUUGUCAUUGAACGUGGCCGGAUUCUACAAAUGUGCAACUCUUCAUACCAGACAAUUCGCCCACGUCGUCAUUUCAACAAUUCAAUGGAUGAAAUCAGUCGCAUUGAUCACUGGACCUGCAUUGGUGGCUGCUAUUGUCAAGAACGAAGACAGUCCAGUACAAUGGAGAAUUGUCUUGUGUAUUCUUGGAGGAAUCAUGGUUACGGCGAACACUCUUGCUCUCUGCGUUUUCACCGAUAAACCAGCCGAGUAUACCAUGGCAGAGGCUAAUGAAAAGACGAUCAAAUAUGAAGUUAAUAAAGAAGAAGCCUAA